CUAGUUUACCUUCUCCUCUUGGAAGUUAACGAUUGGCGAGAUCUUGGCUGCGUUAUUGACACAACACUUUCUAUUGAUAGAAAUAAGUAGUGAUUGUCCCCGAGUCAUUGGUGCGCCAAGAACUCUGCGAUGGGCUGGCAGGAGUCCAUUGGGCUGGGCAGGCAGGUUCGGCUGGUGAUGCUGGAGAGGAGGAGGAGGAUGAGGCUACUGGUGGUGAUGGUGCCCGUCCCCCUCUCCGCAGGUCUGUGACAAGCAGGGAACAAGGCAACGGACGGCGCAGCCAGCCCCGGCUGACGGACGCUGGCGACUCAGACAUGGACAGUAGCUGCCACAACGCGACUACCAAAAUGUUAGCGACUGCUCCAGCUCGGGGCAACAUGAUGAGCACGUCCAAACCCUUGGCUUUCUCCAUUGAACGAAUCAUGGCGCGCACCCCCGAGCCCAAGGCCCUGCCAGUCCCCCACUUCCUGCAGGGAGCCUUACCCAAGGGGGAACCCAAGCACUCUCUGCAUCUCAACUCGUCGAUCCCUUGCAUGAUCCCCUUCGUGCCUGUGGCGUACGACACGAGCCCCAAGGCAGGAGUGACGAGUUCCGAGCCGCGGAAGGCCAGUCUGGAGGCCCCGGCUGCGCCCGCGGCGGUGCCCUCGGCGCCGGCAUUCAGCUGCAGCGACCUGCUCAACUGCGCACUGAGUCUCAAGGGCGACCUGGCCCGCGACGCGCUACCGCUUCAGCAGUACAAGCUGCCAAAAACGUAUUUAGCCGAAAGGAAUAAACUGGUGGUCCCGGCGGUGGAGAAAUACCCUUCUGGAGUAGCGUUCAAAGACCUGUCCCAGGCUCAGCUGCAGCAUUACAUGAAAGAAAGCGCCCAGCUUCUGUCGGAAAAAAUCGCUUUCAAAACCUCGGACUUCAGCCGAGGCUCUCCUAACGCCAAGCCCAAAGUUUUCACUUGCGAAGUGUGUGGAAAGGUCUUUAAUGCGCACUAUAACUUAACCCGUCACAUGCCAGUGCACACAGGAGCCAGACCCUUCGUUUGCAAAGUGUGCGGAAAAGGUUUCAGGCAAGCAAGCACCCUGUGCAGGCACAAGAUCAUUCACACGCAGGAAAAACCUCACAAAUGUAACCAGUGUGGCAAAGCAUUUAAUAGAAGUUCCACUUUAAACACUCAUACCCGAAUACACGCGGGCUACAAACCGUUUGUGUGUGAAUUCUGUGGCAAAGGGUUUCAUCAAAAAGGGAAUUACAAAAACCACAAGCUGACCCACAGCGGGGAGAAGCAGUUCAAGUGCAAUAUCUGCAACAAGGCUUUCCACCAGGUUUACAACCUCACUUUCCACAUGCACACCCACAACGACAAGAAGCCUUUCACCUGCCCCACGUGCGGCAAGGGUUUCUGCAGGAACUUUGACCUCAAGAAGCAUGUUCGCAAGCUGCACGACAGCAGCCUGGGGCUGGCCCGCACGCCAGCUGGCGAACCAGGCACUGAACCGCCGCCCCCGCUACAGCAGCAGCCGCCGGUGACGCUGCCUCCUCUGCAGUCGCCGCUGCCAACCACCGGGCCCCUGCAGCCCGGGCUCCACCAGGGCCACCAGUGAUCGAGGCCAGGGUUCCUCCCAGGCUCCGCCGGGCCCCCACGCUGAGACAGCGGCAGACUAGAGCUCUUGGUCUGAGUUCGUCUGCAGACCCCGGCGCAUGUUGGGCCCCACACUUUAGGGCCAACCAGAAGCCUCUGCAUCCCUUGGCCUUUCGCCUCUUGCAUGCACCUGCUAAAUGGUUUUGUGUAUUAUAUUCUAUAUAGGCACUAACAAUUAUGAAAAACUUG